AUGAGUGAUCCCGCUGCUUUAGCAGGCAUGUUGCCGUUUGACUCUAUUGGACUGUACGAACAACCAAAACCGCGUUUUAUUUUCAAAAUGCCGAGGGUAGUACCGGAUCAAAAGGGCAAAUUUGAAUCAGAUGAUCUCUUCAAAAGAUUGAGCAGAGAGAGUGAGGUGAGGUACACAGGAUACCGUGACAGGCCGCCCGAGGAGCGCCAGAUGCGGUUCCAGAGCGGGUGUCGUGAAGGACACACUGAAAUUGCAUUUACCGCUACGGGCACUAACCUUCAGCUGGUGUUCGAUCACACGCCCUACAAUAAUCGAGGCUGCGAUUUCCAGAAAGAAAGCGGCAAGGCACACAUCGUAUCGAGAUUUAUAAUGAACGGCGUAUGUGUGCGAUGGCGAGGUUACAUUGACUUGGAGCGACUGGACGGGGUCGGAUGUCUAGAGUUAGACGAAGAAAGGAUGGCUGUGGAGGACGCAGCACUACGGGAUCAAAUAGACCGGUACAAUCAGCGAUUACGCGAUUUUGAAGACAAGCAACGUGCAUAUCGCGAGCAUGGUGAAGAACAGCUGCGCGCGCAUUCCCACGUGCACGCUCAACGUUGCCACCAGAGUCGUCAGCCUCCUCAUGGCGGGCACCCAACACACCCGCACCCAUCACACCCUGUACACAUCAAACCACAUUCACAGGGUGCUCUCAUCUCUUAA